AGGGACAAAAGAAAAACAGAAAAGAAAAGAGGAACAAACAAAGCAGCAAUUACGAAAACCCAAAUCGGGAGUGUUGUAGCCCUAAUUUUCUUCAUCAACUGUCGUCGCAGCGUGAGGAGGAGAAGUUACCAUCAUGAUUUUUCAGGACAACUUGAUCUCUGAUGACUGCAGAAAGAGGAUCUAUUCAUGAAAAGCAAAGACGAAUCCGAGGGAAAAAAAAAAUCACCCAACCAUUGGACGGAAGAGAGAAAACCACCGCCGGAUGUUUUGAAAUCAACAUGCCUCGAUACAGAGACGAACCGCCUGCAGUUCGCGUAUAUACAGUUUGCGAUGAAUCAAAAUAUUUGAUUGUGAGGAACGUUCCGGCAUUGGGCUGUGGUGAUGAAUUGUCGAAACUGUUCGCAACAUACGGAGAUAUUGAAGAAUGUAAACCAAUGGAUGAUGAAGAUUGUGAGCCAUUUACUGAUGUUUACUGGAUCAAAUUUCGUCAGGCCAACAAUGCCAGGUUUGCAAAAAGAAAACUGGACGAGUUUGUUUUCCUUGGGAAUCGGCUGCAGGUCUCUUAUGCACCUCAUUUUGAGAGCCUCUUGGACACAAAGGAGAAAUUAGAAGGCCGGAGAAAGGAAGUUCUAGCACGAUUGAACCCCGGAAGGUCUAGAGGGUCUACAGUUCACAACCCAGGUGUUUCCAGUGAGCCUUUAUCUGUUGCAACUCCAUCACAGACUGAUUGCAUUUCCCAAUCAAUGAACAACCUAAGGGAAUUUGGAGAGCCACAUCAUAUUUCUCAAAGUAAAGAUUCUACCCCCACAAUGGUUUCUCAAAGUAAAGAUUCUAUCCCCACAAUGGUUUCUUCUGAUCAGGAUUAUUUUCCAACCCAAUCGAUGAAUCAGACAGUUCGGUUGGUCAGGGAUAAGCUUAACAAGAUACAAUCAGGAGUUGAGCAUUUAGGAGCUGGACCUUCCAAGAAAACGCGAGUGGACAAUAGAAGAAGGAUAUAAUGUAUACUUUUAACAAUCGAGAAAAACAAUCAGCAUUAUCGUGUAGUUUGCCUUCUUGUGCCAUCUCUGCCAAUUUGGUUACUUGCCUUCCUUUCUAUAUACAGAAGUCAAUUUCAAUUGCAGAUAGCUGAUCCUACAAUCUUUAGUUGUUUAAGUUCUUACAUUCUUUUAUUGCAGAUCUGUACACUCCUCAGCAUUGUAUAAUCGAGGAUUAUUUCAUAGCCCUUCUUCCUUUACUUGGUAUCGGGUGUGCAAUUCGAUUCGCCUUACGAGGAGGCAUCCACAGGAGCAGGGGUUUGCUUCUUUUUGGUGUCGCAAGCCUAGUCCUUUGAUUCAUUCUACUACUUGUAUAUUUCUUUAUAAAGAGAAUAAAGGAAAUUGUGACCACCUUUCUUUGUACGGACAUUUUAGUUUUGAGGGAUUUUUACUAAUACAUGGGAUUAAGGCCCAAAUGUUACACUAAAAUGAAAACAA